UAAAACCAGUAAAACCUAACCUCUCUUUCUCAUUUUAAAUGCUUGGUUUUUGUUUUGUUUAUAUUUUCUUUAUGUUAUUGACGAAAAAUAUUAUAAAAAUGCAUUCAAAAUGCCGAGGAGACCUGUAUCCAUUUGGGGGUAUUAAGCGCUUCCACGUUCCCGAUGAACUCGUUUCUUGGUCGACAAGGUUCAAUGAUUAUUCACCGCCAGAAUACGAAUCUCCGGUAUUGCAAAACAAGCCUUGGGCAGAUCCUCCUCUUUCUGAUGCGAAGUUUAAACCGAAAUGGAACGCUCUAGAUGGGAAAAUUAAUCGAAAAAGCCACUUGGGCUCUUACAAAGUCAAGAACGGCAGGCCAUUAAAUCCUGUAGGUAGAACAGGUUUACAAGGAAGAGGUAUCUUGGGAAAGUGGGGCCCAAAUCAUGCGGCAGACCCUAUUGUUACUAGAUGGAAAGUUACUGAUAGCCAAGAAAAAAUUCACAAUAAUUUCACUAAUAAGCCUAUUUUGCAGUUUUGUGCUAUUCAGAGAAGGGAUUGUCGGCAAUGGGCACUACCAGGAGGUAUGGUAGAUCCUGGUGAGCAAGUCAGUGAGACAUUAAAGAGGGAGUUUAUGGAGGAGGCACUUGACAGCCUUGAGGCAUCUUUUGAACAAAGAAAAUUAGAUGAGGAAAUGAUAAAGCAAUUCUUUUCAUUUGGCUCAGAAAUUUACAAAGGUUAUGUGGAUGACCCCCGAAACACUGACAAUGCAUGGAUGGAAACUGUGGCUGUGAAUUUCCAUGAUGAUAAUGGACAACAUGUUGGCAAGUUUGACUUAAGAGCAGGUGAUGAUGCUGCAAAUGUUAAAUGGAUGGAUAUUGAUAGAUCUUUGGCAUUAUAUGCCAGCCAUUCUGAGCUUGUUAAGACGGUUGUUGAAAAGUUGGGAGCACAUUGGUGAGAGAAAAAUAAGUGUAAUCAAGCAAAGCUAAUUUUAAAUUAAAAGUUACAAUGUAUAUUUGAAUUUCCAUGGAAAAAAAAUAUAUUCAACUUUUUUUUUAGAUUAUUGUAAAAUAAACUAUAUAAUACAAUGUUGAUAGGUUAAUAAAGAAGAUUGACCUGUA